GUUUAAAGAAAACUCCUAUUUCUCCCUUCGACUGCUUCCCCUCCUUCAUUCAAUAUCUGCACUUGGGGACUGAGGAGUGAUUCCCUGACGGAGAGAGCAACUCUUCUCCCCUUGGCAGUCAGCUGCUCCUCGCAGAGCCGGUACAACUCUCUCUCUUGAGUUCUCACUGGACGUGCUUGGCAAGAUGGAGCCGCCGUCCUCCUCCAGGAUGAAUUCCCGAAAAAGAAGAAAAGAUGGAUCUGGCCCUAAUGGGGCGACAGAGCUGGACGGAAUCCCUCAAAAAAUGUCCCGACGCUCAUUCGGACUGAGGGAACCGGCUCCGUUUUCAGAUGAAGUGGAAAUCGAUUACAGCAAGCCAUACAUCAGAGUAACAUAUGAAGAAGCGAUGAGAGGGACCCCUUUGGAUCGCCCCGUCAGAGUUUAUGCUGAUGGAAUAUUUGAUUUGUUUCACUCUGGACAUGCCCGGGCCUUGAUGCAAGCGAAGAACCUCUUCCCAAACACAUACCUCAUUGUCGGAGUCUGCAGUGAUGAGCUAACCCAUAACUUCAAGGGCUUCACGGUAAUGAAUGAAAAUGAGCGGUAUGACGCUGUGCAGCACUGUCGCUAUGUGGACGAAGUGGUGAGAAAUGCGCCGUGGACGCUCACCCCCGAGUUCCUGGCAGAGCACAGGAUCGACUUUGUGGCACACGAUGACAUCCCCUAUUCUUCUGCUGGCAGCGAUGAUGUUUAUAAGCAUAUAAAAGAAGCAGGCAUGUUUGCGCCAACUCAGAGGACUGAGGGGAUCUCAACAUCAGAUAUCAUCACCCGGAUAGUGCGGGACUAUGAUGUUUAUGCCAGACGGAACCUGCAGCGGGGCUACACAGCUAAAGAGCUCAACGUCAGCUUCAUAAACGAGAAGAAAUAUCACCUCCAGGAGCGCGUGGAUAAGGUGAAAAAGAGGGUGAAGGAUGUAGAGGAGAAGUCGAAGGAAUUUGUCCAGAAAGUGGAGGAGAAGAGUAUCGACCUCAUUCAGAAGUGGGAGGAGAAGUCCCGGGAGUUCAUCGGCAAUUUCCUGGAGAUGUUUGGCCCAGAAGGCGCGUUGAAACACAUGCUGAAGGAGGGCAAGGGCCGGAUGCUGCAGGCCAUCAGCCCAAAGCAGAGUCCCAGCAGUAGCCCCACGCACGACCGCUCUCCGUCUCCCUCCUUCCGCUGGCCCUUUUCAACCAAAACUCCUCCUUCCUCACCGGUCAACCGCUCCAGGAACGAGUCUGCAGUCACCUAUGACAUCAGUGAAGAUGAAGAGGAUUAAGCUACCAACCGGGAUUUGCUGCAAACCACUAAUCGCCAAAUCCUAAGUCCGGACCCACUGGGGAACUCUAAAUGAGCAGGAGAGCCAUAGGAACAGGGCUGACGGUGAGCACAGGGCCUUGGAGGCACCCGUUGCUCUUAGCAAGGGCUGCUGCCUGGAAGCACAUUCAAACCUCCUCUCCCUUCUCCUCCCCAAAUCCCCUUUUUAUUGUUUACGUUCUAGUGGUUUCCAGGGGGAAGAUGGUUUUUAUAUUUUAAGAAAAUACUCUUUUAAAGCGCAAAGAAUAGCACUCAAGCGUGGCUUUUGUUUUGGUUUCUUUUCCCUUGUUAAACUUCCGGGCAAGAGGGAGAGUGAGAAGACCCAUCUGUCUCUUCUUUCCUUCAGCUCCUCUGUCUUAUUCCCCCCACCCCCAGGCAGUAUCUGUGCCGCUGCCAAACGAAAGGCCCCUCGGUUCCUCAACCAGCGUGACCUUGAGAGCACGCAGGAAGCGGUGGUGUAAAGAGGCUUCUAGGAAAUAGAGACAUCUCUGCUGCGCUGGAGCCGAUAGGAGUCUAUCCAGCAGACCCUGUAGUGCUUGCACGCCUCUUAGCUGAGCUUCCCAGCGUGUCACAGUGAGGAUGUGCUGGGUAGGGGCUACCAGCUUAGCAGGCAGGAGUUACACCCUGGAAGAACUCGCAGCACCAUAGAGUCGCACACCCCGUAAGCGCGCAGCAUUCACAGCUCCAAAUUGUAUGGGGGCUGCAGGGGAAAGGCCCUUCCAGCUAAUCUUAACAAGACUGCUAAAUCUUGAGCUAAAAUUCAGCCCUCGGUUGCUGUUGGAGAGAAGAGAAUGAAUCUUUGCUUCGGGGCACUUGCUGUCUGUGCGUUUCCUUGGGUGUGUGAGAGCCCAGGUAGGAAAUUAAUGUGUGUACUCCUUUGAGAAGUUCCUUGUCCCAGUCUCUGGUGUGUAAUAAGUUUUGCUGUCUGUCCAAAUGGCCCCUCAACACUGUGCUCUGUGCGUGUUUGUCUGUGUUUCAGUUCCUGUGCUCUAAGGGCUGGAGCAGUCCUUUACACUGGUGCCAUGAAGUCGCUGCUAUAAGGACAAAACAUGAUUUCGUACAGCCAGUUUGCUGUCUGUGUCGGUGUGUGCAGCUGGACUGAUGAAGGGCACGUUUUACCCCAGUGAGGGGUCCUGGUCCCGUGUGACAGUUACCUGGCUUGCACAAUAAAUGCACAAAUCAGUGCCCGCUUACUCCACUCCUUGAGGCAGGCCAGAAAGAGCAUCAGAGAGCACUGCAGCUUUUUAAGAUUUUAAACAUGUAAUCUGCUCGUUUGAAACCAUGGUCCAAGUCGUGCCUGCUGUCAUGUCUGUAGUAAUCACUGAGCUUUGUGGCCUGCAGCUCCCCGCGGGCAGUUGCCCUCCCCGUGCUGCAUGCCUGUGCACAGAGCAGGUCUGUGCAUUCUGUCCCGGCAGCCAGCGCUGGAGGGACUGGACUUGGUGUCGCGUAGCUGUGAAGCUUCCGCUUGCUUUUCUGUUCGGAUUUGCCUGUGAUAUCUGUUGUCUCUGGGUGGAGCUGCUGGGCUGAGUUGCCCGUGUCCUCCUGCGAUGCUGGGAGCAGAGGACAGCUCCGGGCCUGAUCAGCAAUACUGCAGGGAGGUCUUCAGAGCGGGACGUGGGGCUCGGGGAGCAGCGGGUGCAAGGAGGCGAAUCGUCAAGUGCUGCCACAGGCUCUGCACGGUGCGAUGCUUCCAGGGGACACAGUGGCCCUGUGGUAGGAGCAGGCUGCCGCUUCUUUCCAGCUUUUAUCUUGCUGAUCCUUUGUCACACUUGGCCAAAGGGCUUGACAGAGACUCCGCUUCUGUUGAGGCCAGAGCCGGUAUGGGAAAGGGUAUUUUGGGGAUUCCUCAUCUGUCACUUCAACGCCUCUCAGCGGGGACGUGCACAGCUCUGGGAGCGUGGCUGGCUGCUAUGGAUUUUAAGCUGUAAGGAGCAAAUAAUGGUCACUUGGUACAAGCCAGUUGUUAAUCCCCUGGUUUAUGAGUGGUAGAGCACGUACUUUAUUUCACCCACAUUCUCUCUUCCCUCAUCUUCCCCACCUUCCCUUCCUCACCAUGGGUGUUGCGUUGCUUUCCCAAGCCGGAUCACGAAGCCGGGCUGCUUUAGAGCCUUACUACUGUUUUAAACACAAGUUAUGCAACAGUGUUCUGUAAAUUUGGAUAACAAUGGUGUUUUGGAUGGUGGUUUGUUCUGCAGAGACCUUAACAUGUUUCUUGGUCUCUCUGGAAAACCUGGGGUGCUUGGUAAGAAGCCAGCCAUGGUUUUACAUGUAGCUUGGAAUAACAGGGCUGUUUGUUGUAACCAAUAAUCCCUGCUUCCUCCUUGCACUUAAAUUAAAUUGGACACUCAAAUCCCA